GAGAAAGGAAGAAGAAGAAGAAGAAGAAGAAGAAGAAUGAGUAGGGCAAGGGAGGAGGAAGAAGAGAGGAGCAAGGGGAGCACCUACCCAUCUAAGGUCCUUUGCUCUUCAAAAAUUUUAAUUCUUUUGAAUGGUGGUCCUGUGGGUUAUUUCAAUAUUGAGAGAGGCUUAAGGCAAGAGGAUCCCAUGUCUCCUAUUCUCUCUAUUCUUAUGGAGGAGGUAUUGUGUAGAGGGAUGCAAGCUCUCAUCCAAGAUGGGAAAAUCAAGCCCUUUCAGGGGCCUAGAGAUGUUGAUUCAGGUAACCAUCUAGAGUAUAUGGCUGAAGAGUCGACUCUCUACGGAGGUGACGUCUAGGAUGAGGAGCUAGCUAUGCACGAGGAUGGUUGUGUGUGCGAUGACUGUGCUUAUGGAGCACAUUGUGGAUGAGAGUGGCGUCUUCUAUUUUAAUUCUUUUGAGUAUCUAUAUACUUGAUGUAGCGCUAGGGGCAUUACUAUAAUUAUGAUCCACUACAGAGGACUUUCAUUUUUGUAAAUAUGGAAAAUAUAAUUAGAAUUCACCAGUUGUGUUAUAUUCUGAUUAUUAUUAAUAUUAUUAUUAUUGUGAUCUAA